UGAGGAAGAGGCACACUCCUCUAGACAGCUUGUGGCGAGACAGAAGCUCCCGCCAGACACCCCGUCGAGACCGAGUGACCGAGCGCUGUUACGUACUUCGCGAACCUACACCUCGAGGCACAAUCUGGAAAAAAAACACGUAUUACUAAAACUUGAAACACGACAACAGGACGAGGCGAUACUAGACUCCCUUAGGACCGCUCGAAGCACGCUACCACCGCUAUGUCUGACGACCUCAAGAGAAGCGAGGGCAGCGGCGGAGGCGGCGGCGGCGGCGGCGGCGGCGGCGAAACCAAGGAGAGGGAGCAAUGGAACAAUAAACUAGACUUCCUGCUGUCGGUGAUCGGCUUCUGCGUGGGCCUGGGCAACGUGUGGCGCUUCCCUUACCUGUGCUACAAAAAUGGUGGAGGGGCGUUCCUCAUCCCGUACUGCGUGUGUGCCCUGCUCGGUGGCAUGCCCAUGUUCUUCCUGGAGGUGGGCAUCGGGCAGUUCAUGAGUGAGGGAGGCAUCUCAGUGUGGAAAAUGUGCCCGCUCUUCCAAGGCAUUGGGUACGCGGCCAUCGUUGUGUGCAACUGGCUCAACGUGUACUACAUCGUCAUCAUCGCCUGGGCACUCUACUACUUCGUGCUCUCCUUCCAAGCUGAACUGCCAUGGUCCAGCUGCGGCAACUGGUGGAACACAGACGCGUGUGUGGAUGGCAACACCAACCACUCCUUCAUCCAGGACCUGAAGGCUCAGAACAUCACACCCAAGGAUUCAGUAGUGGAGUUUUGGGACAACCGCGUGCUUCAGAUCACGGACGGCGUUCAUGACAUGGGAACGAUGGUUUGGCCUCUGUUCGGCGCCCUCAUCUUCUCGUGGUUGUGCACCUACUUCGCCAUCUGGAAGGGCGUCAAAGUGACUGGAAAGAUCAUGUAUUUCACAGCCACUUUCCCGUAUGUGAUGCUCACGGCUCUCCUGGUUCGUGGGGCGACGCUGCCAGGAGCCUCUGAGGGUAUUCGGUUCUACCUCGAGCCUAAAUGGGAGAAAGUCCUCGAUUAUCAGGUGUGGAACGACGCCGGGACCCAGGUGUUCUACUCGUACGCUGUGGCUCUCGGUGGCAUGAUCGCUCUAGGCUCCUACAACAAGUUCAACAACAACUUCAUCAAGCAGUGCGCCAUCUUGUGUGUGUGUAACUCCGCCACGUCUAUCUUCGCUGGAUUUGGAAUCUUCAGCAUCUUGGGCUUCAUGAGUUACCAGCUGGAACUGCCCAUGGAGGAAGUCGCGGAAGCAGGCCCCGGUCUCGCCUUCAUCGCUUACCCUAAAGCCAUGGCUGCUAUGCCCAUGGCGCCCCUGUGGUCUGCUCUCUUCUUCUGUAUGAUCCUGAUGGUCGGGUUGGACUCUCAGUUUGUGCAGGUGGAGUCGGUGGUGACGGCUGUAGUUGACCUGUUCCCUAACCAGCUGCGAGUAGGCUACCGUCGCGAGAUGUUAGUGGGAGUGGUGUGUCUCGUGGACAUGGUCAUCGGCUGCACCAUGGUGAUGCAGGGCGGCAUGUAUGUGUUCCAAAUCUUCGACUCAUACUCAGCCAGUGGUAUCAUUCUGCUUACCAUCUGUUGCUGUGAGUGCAUCGUCAUUGCUUGGGUGUACGGAGCCAACAGGUUCUACGAUAAUAUUGCUAUGAUGCUCAACCGUAAGAUCAACGCAUACCUCAAGUUCUGCUGGAAGUUCAUCACUCCUACUCUCACCUUUAUGAUGGUGGUGUGUGCCAUCGCCUUCCACACCCCGCUCACCUACAACAAGGUGUACGUGUACCCGGUCUGGGCGCAGGUUCUGGGUUGGCUGCUGGUGUUCGGCUCCCUCCUCUGGAUCCCCGGUUUCACCAUCUACAAGAUCUUCCAGUACCCCGGCACACUGCGAGAGAGGUGGAUUGCCUCCACGCGGCCCAUCCUGAAGGCACACCACCUGCGGCCCCAGGACUGGGAUGAGAAUCCCGAGCUGCCCUACAAGAAGACUAUGACCAUGGACCCCCUGACGGAGGACGCCUGAACUCCCGGCCCUCCUGAGUGGUAGUCACGCCGGCCUCACACGGUCACCACACAAGCCACUCUCCUCGCCCCGUCACUGAGGCUGACCUUGGAAGGGCCGUGCCCCUCUUUGCAUCCGGCCCCCGUCGCUCACACAUUCAUCCCGCAGUGGUCGCCAAAAUUACCCCUCUCAAGCGCCCCUUCCUGCUGCGGGCGGGUUGACAGGGGCCGACGGUCCCCGCGCUGCCGCGGGGACGUCGCUGCACAGUAUUAGUAGUAAGUAGGCUAAGUCUUGCUCGGAGAAACUCCUGUAGGCAGUGAUCCAGGAUCAUUGUUGUGUCGUGUUCAGGCGACGACCACGAUCUGUUCACUAGUCCCAGACAACGCAUGUUACGUCGUCCUCGUCGUCGUCGUCGUCAUCGCCACACCAUUUCACUCCAUCGCGCCUCACCUGUACAUACGCAUCUCGUCAUCACGUUGGCAUCCGCACUCACCCUCUCGCCGACACACCGUUACUGUUCGUCUUUUAUUAGUAAUAAUAUUAUUAUUAAUAAAUAUAAGUAUAGUGAUAAUGACGUGUUGGCAUUUAUGUACCAGCGGUCAGGAGGAGCACGGCAGGCGGUAGUGCUGCACCCACUCUUCGCUACAUGCCCUGGCGCCCCGCCCCUCCCCGCCCUCAUCCUGACAAGACUUCUUGUUGGGAACAGGCACCACGCCUGCCGACCACGCUGUGCAGGGUUAGCGGGACGGGACGGGACAUCUGUGGCAAUGGAGAGUAUGGGUGGGUGGCAGCAGCAGGAGUAGGAGUAGGAGUAGAGGGAGAAGGAUAUGUGGAGUCCGCCUGCCGGAAUGCUCGGGUCUUCCAUCCUCUGAUCGAUGAAGACGCUUUACCGAUUAGUUUAUUCCUUGAGACAAUUACUUUCCCUGGAGGAGGGGAGAGGCGACAGGGGUGUGUCCGCCUGGCUGGGAGAUCCCCAUCCUAGAGCUGCGGCCGCCUUGUCGACUCUGCCCCGUCCCCCGCCACUUGUUUUCGAUAGUCUCGUAGCGUUAAGGCUGAGCUAUGUACAGCGAGUCACUCCGUCAGUCAGUGAGUCAUGAGUCAUGCGUCAUGAGUCAGGCCGCCGCGGCAGGACAGUAAUUCACACAUUCCACGGCAUAACAUGAUAUCAAAGUCCUUCUGGUGCUGCAGCGCGCGGCGCCAGGCCAGCCAGGGAUGCCACCACACACACACCGGCCUCCCGCGGGCUGGCAUGGUGACGCGCGCCCUGUGAAGCCUUCCUCACCACACCACACCACACCACCACACCACCACCACAUUAUCAAAAGUUGAAUAUAUUGUAGAGUUUAUAGAGAAAGGCAAGAGGCGAACACUGACAUAGGGCCGCAGCCUCUCCCUCCCACCUACCCAUCCAACCACACCUACGUACACCUAUACCCCAACCACCUAUAAUACCUUCUACCAUCCCUCCACCCCUCCUGUCCCCAUGUCCCACUCCUCACCCCAUCACCCCUCACCCGAUCCCGCGGCCAGGCGUGGGACAGAGUACGUGCGGCAAAAGGGUGUCCGCAGCAGUGGUAUAUCUAUUUUCUUACUGUCAAGUGUCAUUAAAAGCCUUGUCUGUACCCGUCAAUAAAAUCUUAUAUAGAAGUC